UGUAUACGGUUGAGGUACUUUCUCUGUCUUCGUUUUCCUUCUCUUCGCCCAUCUCAGGUUCUCAAUUUUUAAUUUUUUAGGGGUUUGGGAAGUUUUCUAAUCCUUUUUCUGUUCAGACAUGGUUUCUUCCAGGCAAUGAUUGUAUUUUGACGAAGGAGGUCAUUGACCUUUCAUUUUUUGGAACUGGAAGCGAAAAAUGAUUUCUUUUUCGUUCAGAGUUUGGAUGGCAUUAGGGUUUCCGGUGGUCUGAUGGAGCUAGAAAUCCAAUUGCGGAACCUCGAUUUGAAGGGAUUUUUUAUGCUUUGACCUGUUGCAGAGAGAAGUUUGCGGUUUAAAUCGCGGUGGGAGCUGGUUUGACAAGUUAUUGCUUGUUUUCUGUUUGAUGGGACCUGGUUUGACAAGUUCUUACCUGUUGAUUAGUUUUCUGCUUGAUGGGUUUGAAGGAAUUCUGGACAGGGAUUUUUUCUGAUAGUUCUGCGUAGGAAGUGGAAGGAAGCUAUGGACGAGGAAGCAAGCUCAUGGUUGAGGAGGGCCAAAUUCUCUCGGUCGGUUUAUCACAGAUUGGAUUCUUCGGGAUUGCGUUCCAUUCCAUUAUACCUUCCACCGGAUCUAGAUUUGAGAUUGAGGUCGAGGGCUACCGUUCAACUACAGGAUCGUGAUUCCAUAUGGAAUUUGACGUCGACCACUCGAAGGGAUAGCGAUCCCAGAUUGAAAUCGAGGCCUUCCCUCCAACCGAAUCGCGGUUCCCAGGUAAAUUUGGGGGUUAAUCGUGAUUCUGUGGCUACCGGACUUCAACGCAAUCCAACUACCAGAUCUUUAUCCCCUCUGCCUGAAAGUUGUCUCUCAGAUGCAUUUAAGGAAGCUCAAUCUGCACAGAAGAGAUUCUCCACUCCGGGCCCUCAAAGAAAAGUAACCAAUAAAGGGAUUGCCGGGAAGAUUUUCGCUAGAGAUUCUUAUCGUACUCGGGCAUCGGAUUCCACGUCGUCGUCAACUUCGAAUUCAGAUAAAUUGAAUAACCGAAAGGAGUCUUCGUGGACGAAGUACUUUGAUCAUGGGGGAGGAAGGGUCACUGCCGUGGAAACUGCUGCGGAUGAAUUCAAGGUUGAUCUCUCUCAGUUGUUCUAUGGGCUUAAGUUUGCCACCGGGGCUCACAGUCGAAUUUACCAUGGAAUUUAUAAGGAUGAACCCGUUGCAAUGAAGAUUCUCAGCCCACCUGAUGAUGACGAAAAUAGGGCCAUAGCGGCUCGGCUGGAGAAGCAGUUCACUAGAGAAGUUACUCAUCUGUCUCAUCUCCACCAUCAAAAUGUGAUCAAGUUGGUAGCCGCAUUUAAAGACCCACCAGCCUUUUGUGUCAUCACCAAAUAUAUUUCAAGGGGAUCUUUGAGAGAAUUUUUACACAAACUUGAGCACAAAUCUCUUUCCUUACAAAAAUUGAUAGCUAUUGCUCUAGAGAUUGCUCGAGGAAUGGAAUACAUUCACUCACAGGGUGUCAUUCAUCGUGACCUCAAACCAGAGAAUAUUCUCCUUGAUGAAGACUUCCAUGUGAAGAUUGCUGAUUUUGGAAUAGCUUGUGAGGAGGCAUACUGUGAUACCUUGGUGGAGGACCAGGGGACCUUUCGCUGGAUGGCACCAGAGUUGAUCAAACAUAAGGCCUAUGGACGGAAGGUCGAUAUUUACAGUUUUGGACUCAUCCUGUGGGAGAUGGUAGCUGGGACGAUUCCUUAUGAGGGAAUGCUACCUGCCCAGGUAGCUUAUGCUGUUGUGAAUAAGAACUUGAGACCCAUUAUUCCACCAAAUUGUCUGCCUGUCCUUCAAGCAUUAAUUGAGCAAUGUUGGGCUUCACAAUCAGAGAAGAGGCCUGAGUUUUGGCAGAUUGUAAAGGUAUUAGAGCAAUUCGAGUCUUCACUCACUAGUGACGGUACUCUUAACCUAGUUCCAGACUCUUCUUGCCAAGAUCAUAAGAAGGGGCUUCUUCAUUGGAUUCAAAAGCUUAGUCCUGUGCACCCUGAUGGUUUGUCCAUGCCUAAACCCAAAUUAUUUUGACUCUAUCUAUAUAUCCUGGCUUUUGUAGUUUCACCAGGUCACUGCUAUGUAAUUAAAAUGUUUAUUUUUAGUGUUCCUUUUUUACUUUUAUUGUUUCUCAAUGCUUCCUCUUCAAAUGGCACUUGUGGGAUUUGUUAGUUGGAUUGUCAUAUGUUGGUUUUAA